AUGGAUCCGAAUAACUUGGCAUCAACCACGAAUCCGUGGGAUUGGCCACCGAGGCAGAGUCAGCAACAAACACCGGUUCAUACAGGUCUACAAGCAACUCCACAGUCAACACCAUACCCACCCACGCCAGGACAGCCUCAGACACAGACACAUACACCACCACCAUCUCCACCAUUGCCUUCACAACAACAACCGUACCGAUCGUCAACAAGCUUCUUCGCCCAGCCGCCCCCCUCCCCACCUCUUCCACCAUCCCCGCAACCGCAAUAUCAGCCGUCACCCUUUUUCGUCCAACAACCGCUGCCAACUCAGCCUGAACCUCAACUACAACAAACGCCAUCCACCGACCCCGUCCUAAUCCCUUCCCACUUCGACGCCGUAACCGAACAUACCAGCCCCGGCCUCCUCCACUCCCAGCUCCAAGCACAAUAUCAACCGCACCCCCAAUAUCACUACCAACAACCCGUUCCUGGCACUGUGGCCCUGCUCCCUCGCCCUCAGCUCUGGGAUACCGCUAUCCGCCGCUUUUCCGCGGCCUCUACCAACCCGGUCGGCCAACAGAAACUUGUCCAACACAUUGAUACCGCGCGGACUGCAUACGCUCGCGCGUUUGUGGCGAUCCAGCGGUCGAUUACGGAUGUAGAUGCCGCGGCGAUUCUCACAAAGUCAAGCGAGACCGAUGUGGCAAGGACGGCGAUGGAGAUGUUCAAGGAAGGGGGUGGGAAUAGUGGUGGCAAGAGUGGGAAUGGGAAUGGGGAGGAUCGGGGACGGGUAGGGAAGUUUUUGGAUAUUUUGCACCAUUACCAUGUGGUGUUUGAUGUGCUCUCACAGGCGGGGGACUUUGGGUAUUUGGCGGUCAUUUGGGGUGGUAUGAGGUUGAUGUUGAUGAUGGCCAAGAACAAACGCGAGCUACUCGGCCGUAUCACCGACAUGUUGGUCGAGAUCGGCCUCACACUCUCCCGCAUUGAGGUCUACGCCAAGUUAUUUCCAACUGCCCGCAUGAUCGAGCUGAUCUCGAUGCUUUAUGCUGCCGUCGCCGACUUCCUCGAGGACAUCAUACUGCACUUCCAGCAGCGUUCUGCUCUGCGCAAACUGUUCUCCUCUCUCAUCCGGCCGUUUGAUGAGAAAUUUGGCCGCGCUAUGGACCGGAUUCAUCGUCUUGAGACAUGCAUCGAAAAGGACGCGAGCCUCUUGCACGCCUUGCAAGCGCCCGCUGCCGCACACCAUCAACUCGAGACGCAUCUACACCGCACACACUUCGUCAACACCCUCAACACGACCUUCACCCAGCCGCAUCCCUUACAACACGAUGGACUGCCACACCCACCACUACCGGAUGUCUUCAACCAAAUAAAGUCCACCCUAUUCCGUAACUUCCGCGACCAGGCCUCCUACCACGAGUCACUCGCCGCGACCUACAGUGUGACCGCUCGUGCUUGGGAGGAAUGGUUCGCCGUCGAACAACGCCAUCUCCCGUCCUCUGCCGUGAUUCCAACCGUCUCCCGCCUGAGCCAAGGUCUCUGCGAUGCGCCCGACUACCAGCACGCUCUACAAUGGGUCGCCCAGCAGCGACGCCUGACCCCUGAUAUCCCGAGCGCCUACCUCAUCUGGGCGCGGGGUAUGACGGUGCACACGGCGAUCGCUUCGUUGGUGUUCCAGGUGUUACAGCAGCGGCCGGGGGCUGUGGCCGAGUUCGGUCUGGACUUGAGCGUGUUUGAUAGGGCGGUCGCGUCUGUGACGUCGCUGUGGGGGGUGUUUACCUACCUGAUGCGGCGGUGUGGUGGGUGUCUGAUAUACAUCUCGAUCGGGUCGGCCGGGGAUGAUGAGUUUGUGAUUGUGGAGAAAUUUGUUGAGGCUGUUAAGACGUGGGAUGGCCCGCCGAUAUGGGUCACGAUUAUUCAUCCGUAUCAUGAAGGGUUUGUCGGGAUUGAGGAGGCCACGGAUCUGGAUGGGCUGUAUGAUGUGCACCCGUCGCUGACGACGACGGAUGCGCUGCAUCAUGUGUUGAUGCUGGAGCUGGAUAUCCACCAGGUGUCGGAGACCAUUCAGACUGUGUUGUGGGAGGCGGUUUGGCGUGAGACGAGGUAUGCGGCUGUGGGGAUUAGUUAUACCCGGGUGGUUGCUGUGAUUCAGGAUCUGGCUGCCGAGUUAGCGGAGUCAGGGGUCGUGGUGACAACUGAUGAUGAAGACGACGGGGGAAACAGCGCAGGGAAAACACCGUCACCCCUAGUGUUGACAACCACCACAAAAGACCUCUGGAUCGGUGCCGUCCAGCGCUGGCUCGACCACCCCGUCGCCUCCAACACCACGCGCGAACUCGUCCAGCGACACCUCGACGUUGUACCCCUCGCUCAGCCCGAAGAUGUCCGUGCCGACAUCAGCCGCCAUCUCAAGUGCCUUGUGUUACGCAUCGACGAGCGCAAGGCGGGAACCUUCGCCGAGCGAUCCAUGACCCAGACUCAGCGGUACCGUGUCUGGGACACCAUGAAACAAGCCAUCGUCCCGGGGUCCGAGGCCAUGUUUUGCGCGUCCAUUCGGUCGCUGCUUGCGGACGCCAUGCUCGAUUUUGCAGAGAUCCCGUGUCGGAAUAUGAGGCAGGCGAAUUCGGCUGUGAUGAGGUUGUUGAAUGAUCGGUUUGGGAUGGAUGGGGCCUGGAAAGGGACGAUGUCGAGGGAUGAUCUGUUGAUGGUGGGGGGUAUCAAACAGGCGAUCAUGACGGGGUUUAAGGGGACGAUUGAAGCGUUGUCGGAGCCGGACGUGGAAGUGGAAGUGGAUGUUCAUGAGUGA